AUGGAUGGCUUGUUGAAUGCUGUUCAGACAAAGCGUAUCGAAACGUUAUCAGAAUCGGCAGCAGGCAACGUCGGCAAAGAAGAAGCUCCAUCAACAAAGAAAAUCACAAAUGACACCAACACCCCAGAAGCUCUACUGCAGCUUCUUCAGAAGCAACCUAAUGAGCAGGAACUCUAUCAGAUUUUAAAAUAUCUGGAUCCGUUGCGAGAUAGGAGUGGAGACCGGGCUUUUGAUAUACGACUUCCCAAUCCGCUUCAAGGACAGACUCUUCAUACUUUGCUCAACAAGACAAUUCCCGAUCAUUGGGGCAAGGUCGAGAAGAGCAACUUCAAAAUUCGGGGAGCACUUCUGAGAUGCUUCUCCAGCGUUGCAGGGCUACGAGCGCUAGUUGGAUACAUACAGACAUCCAAUAACGCCGCGUUGUCAGCGAAGGAACGAGAAUUGGGGAGGAUUUUGGCCUUAAGAGAUGUCUUAUCAUUCACUUCCACACUUCUGAAACCAAACGACUUUGUCUCGCGAGUAUAUCACGAUAACCUCGCGAUAUAUGAUACAGAUACUAAACGACGUGUGGCGUGGACGGAGUUUUGUUCUCUUCUCUCAGGCGGAAAGAUUCUUUCUACAGCUGCAGAGGCCUUGGCUAUUAUCAAGGACAGUAAAUUCUCCAAUAAUAAAUCAUGGAUUGGAGAAGGUCAUUCCUUUGCUGAGUGGCUAGGCCGGAACAUGAGCUACAUGAUCAUUCAUGAUGACGAUGAUCCCGGGGAAUCUGCAGCUCUUAUCGUUGGUCGCGCGACAGGACUGGGCUAUACCGACCGCUUUGUCCAUGAAUUAUAUACGGGUGUGAUUGUGGAUGGUACCAUGUCACCAUCCUGGGGUCUUUGUUUUCAACAUCUUCGGCAUCAUGAACGGAGCGCUAUUCUGCAAAGUAUAUUGAAAGACGUUCAGAAACGAUACUUUGCCACGGACGAGAAAAAUAUUCAAACAACAAGCUCGAUUGUGGGUGGCGUCUCUGCACUAUUACAUGAAAUCCUGAACGGCGUUACCAGUCCUCAAGAGACGCUCCGAUACUGGCUGUCAAAUGCAAGUAGCAACGUGGUUACCACUUUCGCUUUGCGUCGUGCUCUUGUUCUAUUAGUGGCAAGAGAUGCCGAGUCAUUAAGAGAAUUACUGGAACAGGCUUUCCGUGAGUUUGGAGAUAGCUUCAGUAUAAAGCAUACCAUACUGCCAACCCAAGAAGCGAAUGCACAAAUACUUUUAUUAGCCGCCGGAUAUCUGCAUAGACUACAGCCAUCAGAAUUAUAUGUCAUUGGGCGAUCAUCACUCUAUCUGAACGCAGUAUCGAAUCGACUGGCCGCCUCAGCUACGAGAGCUCGCUUUCUAGGCAUGAUUGUCGGAAUGGCCGUCUCUGAAUUGGUUGAACCAGCAGGAAAAGCGAUGAAAUUCGAUCUCGAAGGAUUUGAUGACGAAGAAGCAGAAUGGUACCUCGGUCUGACCAGGGUUGAGGAUAAGAUGAGUUCCAUUCAUGACUUACAAAAGCUGGAACCUGAAAAUCAACGACCUAGCAAACCUGUGGAGACUUUGAGACCCAAAGUCGUACCUGUGAAGCACCCACCGUCCUCUGCUAUUCAAAGAGAGAGGUCAAAAAUAGUCGCUAUCGAGGAGAUCAGUGAUGAGGAUGAUGAGGAUGAUGAGGAAGAAGAAGAUGAAUUCAUGCCCUAUGCGAAACCAGACAGCGAUGCCUCUGAUUCUGAGGAGGAUACAACUCUAGUGCAAAGAGGCAAACCUAGCGCUCCGGUCUACAUACGAGAUUUGGUUUCUUACCUAAAGGACAGUGAUAACGUGGACCGUUACCACUUAGGCAUAACCAACGCAGCCUCCCUUAUUCGUCGAAAAGCUGGAUUUGGUACUGAGUUGCUAGAGAACAUUGACGGACUUGCACUGGUCGUGAUAAGCCUUCAAGACAACUAUUCACUUCCAAAUUUUCACGAGUAUCGUCUCCAAGCCAUGAUCGCUCUACUUGCGGCGCAACCGAUCCGUAUAGGUCGAUAUUUCACGGCGACUUUCUUUGACGGAGACUUGUCGCAAACCCAAAGAUCCGCCAUCUUAACUGCUAUGGGUUUAGGGGCCAGAGAAAUCGCUGGCCAUGGAGAAGAAGAUGCCAAGGUUUUGGGACUACCUUCAACUUCUUCACAGGCAGAGUUCCCGUCCAAAAAGCUGCCCAGUAAUCUGCAGCAAUUUUAUGAUGCCCAAAGAGAGAGUUCCCCUGUUUCUGCUCUAACGCAGCAAUUAUCUCGCACUUCACUACAACCAUUAGCACUUGAUGCGGCAGACGCAGCCUCGGGGCCCAAUGUCCUCAAAGUUCGCACGUUCUCGUCUCGUAUGGAAGUUGAGCGCCAACGUCAGCUACGAGAAGCUCAGAGGAAAAAGAAAACCGUUUCGAAAGAUUUGCACAAAGACUUGACUGAGGGGUUUUUCUACCCGUUAGUCGGCAGGUUUGCAGUCAUGUUACAAUCGCGGUCUGUUUCCUCAUCCAGUUACAAUCCGUUCUACUCAGCAAAUAUUUUGCGACUGUUUCUCCAAACAGUCACCCUCAUAAUAUCGACGUUGGGUCCACAUACACCCGCGCUUCCAACCAUCAGCCAAGAAACCCUAGCCCUAAUCUUCACUCUCCACGGCACGGCCGUAUCAUCCGAACCAAUUGUUCUACCAGCUUUACUAUCCCUCUUUCUAGCAGUUAUCGACUUGAAUAUUGCCGCCGGCUCAACAGCAGAAGAAAGACUUGUUACAGAUCAUGGGGUACAAGUAAUCGAGCUUAGGGACUGGUGCAAUGAUGUCUUUGAGAGGACGCCAGCUACCUCCAGCAAUGCGGAUAAAAUAGAUGAUACAGAGCAGACGCGAAUGCUUGCAGCUGGGAUAUUGGUCAAGUUAGGAGAAGUCAUUCAGCGAUAUCAGGGUCGAUUGAUGGGGAUUAAUGUUGGGUUUAAAUAUUGAGAUGUGAAUGGAUAUAUUGCCUUAAUCCACAUCUAAAUUGAUAUCCAAAUUUCUUCAC